CUAGAGCAAUGAAACUGCGUUCCUCCCUCUUUUAUCGCUAUCAAUUAAAACCUUCAAAGUGACAUUUUGAAUUAUUCAACCACCCACUGUCAUCUUGCCAUCGUUGACCAAGUAGUCUCUACUCCAUGUUGGAAUUUGCAACGUAGUUCAAAGAAUCAAUAUAUCCUCCAGUGUCUCUUGCUCUGUAAGUUUCAUGAAACAAUGGGUAGUCGAAGCAGACCAGUCGCACUUCGUUUUCUUUUGUGUUUGCUGAUCCUUGGUGUUCCUUCUUAUUCCUUGAAUAACUCCAUAGAACAAGGCAAAAAACUCAGAUAUGGGGAGCUAUUGCAGUCUUCUAAUGCGAUUUUCAAGUUUGGAUUCUUUCUAGCUGACGGCAGAAAAAAUGAGUCUUACUUGGGAUUAUGGUACCACUCCAACAACGAGCUGUGGGGCCAAGGUGAAGAAAUUGUUCCGACGAUGUGGGGUCCACUCUGGAUUGCAAACCGAGACGCCCCAAUCUUCAACCGUUCUGGAAUACUUGUAAUCGACAGCAAUGGAAACCUGAAGAUUUUAUCCGGUCAGACAGAGAUCAUCACUUUAUACCAAACUCAGGCUUCAAUAAACGCUAGUGCCAUUCUACGGGACGAUGGCAAUUUUGUACUCCGGCAGCUGAAUCCAGACGGAUCUGUGAAGGGGAUACUAUGGCAAAGCUUUGAACAUCCCACGGAAACUCUGCUCCCCGGAAUGAAACUAGGAAUUGCAACAACUCUAACAUCGUCGAUUAGUUCCGCCUCACCUGGGUCGGGCUCAUAUACACUCGGCAUGGAUCCCAAUGGAACAAAACAACUCGUCAUGUGGCGACGAGAGGUUUUAUACUGGAGAAGCGGAAGUUGGAGAGAGAGCAGCGCUGACUUUCAAAACUUUACCCGGCAUGAUCAUGGCUACAACUUUAGUUUCACCCAGAAUGAGAAUGAAACCUAUUUUAGUUACACUGAAAACCAGCUAUAUAUCUUCCCAAGAAUAACAAUGACCUAUGAUGGUGAUGUACUAAUAUCUCUAAGUUCAAAUGUCUUUCUCAGCCUUAGUUGUUAUUACCCCGGUGGUGUUGACAAGAAAGGCUGUGUAAAGCCAAAUCUUCCUGAGUGCAGGGGUACUAUUCGUCUUUAUGAUGAUUAUGGAUACAUCACCCAGAGGCAUGGCAUGAUGUCCACCGACGGAUUCAGAUUCAAUGAGAGUGAUAACCUGACUCUCGAUGAUUGCAGGGCCAAAUGCUUGUUCAAUUGUUCUUGUUUUGCCUAUGCUACCGCAAAUAUUGAGAACGAUACGGGCUGUGAAAUUUGGUCAUCAAGUGGAAUUUUUAGAGAAACAAAGGAUGAUGCCCCUGGCCAGACCAUAUACAUCCUUCGUUCCAACAAAAGGAACAAAUGGUGGCUAUGGCUAAUCAUUGCCGUUGGAGGAAUACUGGUCCUACCCAGUUUAUUCUCAUACUGUUAUGUGAUUUGGAAAAAAUGCAUAUCAGAAGGAGAUGAAAACAUUGACCAGAGGAUGCUAAUAAAAGAACUAGAAGGCAGUGAGCUUCCUUCCCUCCCAUUUGAAAAACCAAAGCGCUAUAAGAAAGAAAGAAAAGAUUUGCAUGCAUUCAGCUUUGAAAGCAUUGCAUCUGCCACAAACUAUUUUUCAACUGCAAAUAAGCUAGGGCAGGGCGGCUUUGGACCAGUUUAUAAGGGAAUAUUACAUGAUGGGCGAGAAGUAGCAGUAAAGAGACUAUCCACUAGUUCAGGACAAGGGGUUACAGAGUUCAAGAAUGAAGCAAUAUUAAUUGCAAGGCUCCAGCACACUAAUCUUGUGAGGCUUUUAGGCUUUUGCAUUCAAGGAGAUGAAAAGAUUUUAAUCUAUGAGUAUAUGCCAAACAAAAGUUUGGAUUCCAUUUUGUUUGAUGUUGUUAAAAGGAAAAUAUUGAAUUGGAAGAGACGCUUUGUCAUCAUUGAAGGGAUUGCUCAAGGGCUACUUUAUCUUCAUAAGUAUUCAAGAUUGAGAGUGAUUCAUAGAGACUUGAAGGCCAGCAACAUUUUACUUGAUAAUGAGAUGAAUCCAAAAAUAUCUGAUUUUGGGAUGGCCAGAAUUUUUGGAGAGAAUGAAUCAGAAGAAAAUACAACUAGAGUUGUUGGAACAUAUGGUUAUAUUUCUCCUGAAUAUGCCUUUCAUGGCCUUCUUUCAAUCAAAACUGAUGUAUUCAGCUUUGGAGUUCUGCUGUUGGAGAUUGUAAGUGGUAGAAAGAUCAAUAGUCAUUAUCAUACUGAGGAUCAUUUGAAUCUUACAGGAUUUGCGUGGCAACUUUGGACUGAGGAUAGAGGUUUGGAGUUAAUUGAUCCCACUUUGGAUGAAUUUUGCCCUCAUGAUCAAAUUUUAAGGUGCGUUCAUAUUAGCCUCCUGUGCGUGCAAGACCAUGCCGUGGAUAGACCAACCAUGUCUGAUGUUGUUUCAAUGCUUUCAAAUGAGACUGUACCUCUGCCAAAACCAAAUCAACCAGGCUUUUUCAUCACCACUGCAAAUGUGAAAGAAGCAGGUGUUCCUAAAAUCAACUCUGAUCGUUGUUCCAUAAAUCAGGUAUCAAUUUCAGUGAUGGAAGCUAGAUAAUUGUUCCAUUCAGGUUCUGAUAUGAUAUUGGUCUAUUUGAUAGUACCGUGUGAGGGGAAUUUUAUUUUCCAUGUUCUAUCCAACUAUUAUUGGUGAUAAAACUGUAGACUGAAUAAAUUGUGAAACUACUCUUAGUUGUGUCAAGAAGAAUAUGCAAAGAAAUGCAUUAGUUUUGCAAUUCUACUGUGGAUAUUCUUUUGCUUCAGUCUGUUCUAUGCUUGGCUAAUGGAACCAAAUAGUUGUAUCGAAUAUUACUGAAAAACUUUGCAAUCAAGUUUCAAGGAAGCUUUUAAUCUGUUCUUACUUCUUAGUUCUUCAAUUACUUACUAACCAUGUUAAAAAAUUACCUUUCUCAUA